AUGGCAAUUUAAUAUUUAAAUACCUGUCUGGAUAACUAAUUACCGAUUACCAAUAAACCAUACACCAAACUGAAUAAACUUCUGGAAGAUUUCUCAAGCUUAGAUAAAUAAAAUUUGAUUCAUGCAUUUUAUACAGAUUCUGAAAUAAAAUAAUAAUAUUUUGAUGUUGUCUACAUUUAUAUAUUAUAAAAAUAGAGUAAUUUUUUAAGAUUAAAGGAGAGUUCUUUGAAACCUUAAAGAAAAUGGCUUACAAAUUAGAAACAUAGAAAUUAUGAUAAAAAAUCCAUAAGUAUUAAGAAUAUAACUACUGAAAAAUUAACAGCAUAAAAAUUGUUGUUACGAAUUAAGUAUUGA